AUGCCGCGAUCUACAUUUUACCAGGUCGCUGAUGAAGUGGGAGCGGAAUACAACCCGUACAGUGGGCUUUAUGAAUUUGACUGCUCGGUUCUGGAAAGCGACCGAUUGCCAUCUCUAGAAUUCACCAUCGGUGGCAAGCAAUACCUCGUCACUUCGCACAACUAUGUUCUUAAGUUGAGUUUUGGAAAUGAUCAGUAUUCAUGUGUUUUUGGCGCCACACCUAUGGAUGCGAGCGGCUUUGGACCAUCUUUAAUUCUCGGCGAUGUAUUUAUCCGUUCCUUUUGCAACGUAUACGAUGUGGGCCAUAACAGAAUUGGCUUUGCCGACCUGAAAGUUAAUUAG